AUGGCUGAGUUCAUUGGCCUGGUCUUGGAAGAGUGCCCAGUCAAUAUCGACGAUAUCGCCAAGGCGACUAGUGAUGACCCACUGUUGCGCAGCAUACAGCAGCGCGUCUUGAUGCAAUCAUGGUCACAAGUCACACCCGCUGAAGAGCCAUACUACCUUAUCCGAGAUCAGCCGACGACCAUUGACGGCAUCCUGCUAUUCGGUAACUGCUGUGUAAUACCAGAAGCUCUCCGACAUGCCGUACUGCAAUUGGCCCAUGAAGGUCAUCCAGGUCGGGACAUAUUCAAGGAUGCUUUGCGACGACGAGUAUGGUGGACCGGCAUGUCUAAAGAUGCCGACAAGUUUGCCGAGCAGUGUUCGGAGUGUUGGCGCCGUCAUACAAACUCCGCACAAGAGCUGAUGCUAUCAGAAAUUGAAGGAGUGUGGCAGAAACUGGCGGUUGAUCUGGUGUGUAUCGAGGGUCAACAAGUAUUAUCCAUCGUUGACUACGGUUCACGCUAUCCGGAGCUACUUCCCUUGUCAGCUACCACAACCGCAGCUGUCAUUGACCGGCUGAUGGAAGUGUUCGCGAGGUUCGGCCUGCCUAGGGUGUUGGUGUCCGACAAUGGCCCCCAGUUUGCCUAA